AUCUGCACUAGUCUCCCUCCUUUUUUCCUUUCGUCCCUGAUCUUCUCUGGUUCAGUCCAGUCUUCAACCCUAGUCCCAAAUCCCCUUCGAUUUCUAUCUUGCCCCAAAGCGUAACCCUAACCCUAAUCUCUUCCAAUGGGGAACACGGAGAAGCUCAUGAACCAGAUCAUAGAGCUGAAACUCGCCUCCAAGAGUCUCCAGCGCCAGGCACACAAGUGCGAGAGGGAGAAGUCCGAGAAGCUCAAGGUGAAGAAGGCCAUUGAGAAGGGCAACAUGGACGGCGCUCGUAUCUACGCCGAGAACUCCAUCCGCAAGCGCAACGAGCAGAUGAACUACCUCCGCCUUGCCUCUCGCCUGGACGCCGUCAUUGCUCGCCUUACCACUCAGGCCAAGAUGCAGACGAUCGGUAAGUCCAUGGGCUCCAUCGUCAAGGCCCUUGAGUCCUCCCUCGCCACCAGCAACCUCCAGAAGAUGUCUGAGACUAUGGAUCAGUUUGAACGCCAGUUCGUCAACAUGGAGGUCCAGGCUGAGUUCAUGGAGGGAUCCAUGGCCGGAUCCACCAGCCUUUCCACUCCUGAGGGCGAGGUCAACAGCCUUAUGCAGCAGGUUGCUGAUGAUUAUGGCCUUGAGGUCACUGUUGGGUUGCCGCAGGCUGCUGCGCAUGCUAUUCCUGCCAAGGAGAAGGAGAAGGUUGAUGAGGAUGAUCUCUCGCGCCGCCUCGCCGAGCUCAAGGCUCGGGGCUAGGCUUGCCUUGCCUUGCCUUGCAUACCAAGUAAGAUAUCUCUCUCUUUCUCUUUCUCUUUCUGUAAUUAUUUAUCAUGCCAAGAUGGAAACUUUGAGAAAGAAGAGUGAUUAAUGAUUUAGACAUGUGUGUGUUCCUCUCUGGUUUAUAUUGUGUGAAUUGGAAUUUCAGGCUUUGAUUAUAUAUUAAUGAAAUGGAUUUAUGCUUAUCUAA